AUGUUCGGCCGUCUCACCCACUACGCAUUUGAUGCGGUUCUCUUCUCCGCCUUCCUGGCAGGUGUCAAGCGAUCCACAGGCCUAACCCCCAGCGUUGACUCAGACAAAAUCUCAGACAACAAGGAAGUCCAGAAAUGGAUCAAUAACUACCUCGGUGUCGGCGAGUGGGUAAUGGACCAAUCCGUUGCCGUCAUGGGUUCCUCCGCCUGGUUCGAGCGCCGCCGAUGA